GGCGGAUCAGCCCCGCAGAUAUGUAGGCGAAGAAAAACCCUCCUGCGCUUUUACGCACGGGGCGGGCCUUUCAUUCAUGCAUGUUGGGGGGUGUAUGGCACUCCGUCAGAGACAAUCAGAGAUGUUUGAGUUUCCAUGCACAGUGACCAGGGAGGUGAAGCGGCGCACAGCAGUAUCACCCCUCCUCCAGCCCCAGCUCCGAGCACACGGGCCUCCACGUCCACACCACAGGGGCGUUUAAAUCACAGCCCAGCGCAACUAUCUGCUUUUUAUCUGUCGAGUUACGAGAAGGAAACUGGUCAUGAGAUGCGAUUUGUUUGCGCCGGACGACAGAAGGAAACACUAGAUCAGACCUGUUGGCGAUGAUGGAUUACUCCAAGGCGCAAAUGUCAAGCUUAUCCGAGGAGGGCAGUUCAGCCGGGUUUCCUCAGUCCAGUCCUGCUGGGGUGAAGCUGGAGGCAGUGAUGGAACAUCUGCAGAGGCAACAAGAAGCCAAACGGGAGAUGAACCUGCAAGAGAAGCAUCUUCAAGCUCAGCUGCUCUUCGCUCAGCACGCCUCAGCGGCCAGAGCCUCUGUGUUGUUCGGCAAAACGGACGCACAGACUUAUCAAGACGCUCAGCAAGCAGCUUUGCACAGCCACCUCAGCAGAAUGCAUCGAGAUGAGGAAGAUGAAGACACGGAUGAGGAGGAGCAGGAGAUGGCUGGGAAUGAAGACGAUGACGAUGAGGAGGAAGAUGAAGAGGAGGAGGAGAAUGGGCCUCCUGGACAGGCGAAGAAGCCCAGACUCCAGCAGGUUCCUGGCUUCCCCUUCCCUUCUUAUUCCACACCCCAAUCAGCUGCUGUGAAGCAACUGUCCGAAUCGCCACCUCUAGUAGUAAAACAGGAGCGUGAGGAGAAGGAGCUGCUGUCUCCUGCAGGUCCGCACGCCUUCACUUCGCCCAACGGCUUCACUGACUGGGGCUACGACGAGCCAAUGAAACAAAGAGGAAGUGCUAUCUGGGCCGAGGAGACAGACGGAGGGAAAUUGAGAGGAGAACCAUCCAGGGACUUUGCCAAACUUUAUGAACUGGAUAAUGACCCACAACGAAAGGAGUUUCUGGAUGACCUCUUUGUCUUUAUGCAGAAACGUGGAACUCCUGUGAACCGCAUCCCCAUCAUGGCAAAGCAAAUUCUGGACCUGUACAGGCUUUACAAGCUCGUGACAGAGAAGGGAGGCCUGGUGGAGGUGAUCAACAAGAAGAUCUGGAGAGAAAUCACUAAAGGUCUCAACCUCCCCACGUCAAUCACCAGCGCUGCGUUCACCCUCCGCACCCAGUAUAUGAAGUACCUGUACCCGUUCGAGUGUGAGAAGAAGCGUCUGAGUUCUCCCGGUGAGCUGCAGGCCGCCAUCGACAGCAACCGCAGAGAAGGCCGACGUCCCAGCUACACUAACAGCCUGUACCGCUACUCUCCCUCCCCGAGCGCUGCUGCUCACUCCCUGCUCUCCUCUCCCACGGCUCUACACAACAACCUGAACUCAUCCGCUAGUCCAAAUUUAAAGAGAAACCCAGAUGAGAGCCUCACCCCUCUAAUACCCACUCGGCUGCCCAUGGCUCUGGCCCUGGGGCAGCAGCAGCAGCUGGCACAAGCCGCCACAUUGGAGCAUCUCAGAGAGCGGCUGGAGCGAGGAGCUGCCGCCGCCGCAGCCGAUGCUCCAGAGAAGAAAAUGAUGCGUCUGGCGGAGGAGCAGCAGCGCCUCAUGCAGCAGGCGCUCCAACAGAACCUCCUGGCCAUGGCCUCUCACUUCAACCCAAUGAACCUCAAGCUUAACAAUGGACACGAGAGCAAACAGGACUUGUCUCUGAGUAUCUCCACUAAUGGAGCCGCCAGUAUCAGUAUGUCUGUGGAGGUCAAUGGAACUAUUUACUCAGGAACGCUGUUUGCCCAGAAAUCUGCUGCUGCCGUGGCGUCGCAGGCUGUGACUCUGGCAGGAACCAGUGGUUUCAGUGCCCUCUCCUCCUCACACAGCCCCUCGUCUUCAUCAUCCACCUCCUCUAAGGGACCAAAUUAAGGUUUACUGGCUUUUAGAUCUGACAAAAACAACUACCAAGUGUACCUCUCUUGUUAGACAACUCUGUGAACUUCGUAGGGAAAUCAGCCGCAACACAUUCCACCAUAGUUUUUCCAUUACUCUGACAGCGUAAUGUGCUCGUCAAUGGGACACUGGUGUUUGACCAGACUGACUAUAAUGUAGAAUUGAAUCACAGUUUACCUUAGUGCCUGGCAGAAGCUUCUUUUUCAAAUGUACUGACACUCAUGUGUAAAGGGCUUUACAUGGUUUGUUUAGAAGUGUCUUUAGAGCAGAAAAGUGCACAAUGAGAAACGAUUCCAACAGGUUUUUUUCUUUUGAUGUCGGCUGCAUUUGUAGCUAAUCAUCAAACAGGUCUGUAGCUGCCCUCUUUCCUUAGUCCUCAGUAGAUCAGUGUGGUUGCCAAAGUGCAGCUAGUGAAGACCAAAAAGCUCUAUUUCAGUACCAUAGGUUUAAUGAUUAUCAAAGGUUUCCACUGAAGCCAUUUUUGUUUUUUAUUUUACUGUUGGCAAACAUUUGGUUUAAUUUCAGUGGAAGCGUGUAGUUUGUUGUCUGCUGUAGUAUUUACUUAAGAAUCAAAUGCAAUUUAAAAGAAAUUGGUUGAUGGUUGGUUGGAUUUUUUCUUUUUGUAAUGUAUUUUUUUUAAUUUAAUCAUUUGGCCUGGCCUUAAAAAGUGCAAACAUGUAUCAGUUUUGAAUCAAAGGCAAAUUUUGGAGGACAAGGUUCCUGCAGCGAGAUGUAGGCCUAUGUUAGAAAGAAGUGAUAAAACAUUUACCUCAUUUGACUUCCCAUGAUUGUAAGUUUCGUGGGAGUUUGUUCUGGACUCAGGAAUGUCCUCUGGACUUGUCACUGUUCCAUCUCAUAAUAUAUUGCUGUGUUGUAUUUGUAUAAACGUAAAGAAUGUAUCAUUAAUGACCUCAAGCUUUUGACAAGUGAACACUGAAACAGUGCUACCUCACUCUUCUAGAGAAAUAUGCAAUAGUUAUUGCAGCAUGUGUUGGUUUAGCCAUCUGCUGAAAUAGACUGCAUGUGGACAAUCAAGUAGACAUAUCACUGCAAACAAAUGUCACUGUGAACUUGGCAAAAAAAUCAAAGUUAAUGUUAAACUCUGUUUUGGUAUUGAUUAACAUAUUUCCUGGACAUGUGGCCAUGAGGAAUAAAGAAAUCGUGUGUGCUGUUGACAGAA